UAUUAAUAUACGCUGCGUAGAGAAAUGCACAGGCUUGGGCUGCCUGCUAGGUGGUUUAUGGAGGGUUAUUAGGAUUUAUGAUGCCUGACAGAACAAGAGAAGAGGACAAAUGUGCGAGUACAGAAUAAGUCGGGGAAGGUUUGGUUUUUUUGGAGACGACUGCCCCCCCCCCCAUCCUGUUGUUCUUCGCCUGUCGCCGGGGCGUUCUAUGACUCUCCUAGGUGGGUUAUUCUUAGACACUCUGACAAAACUGCGCCACGCCCUCUCGUACGGAGUAGGGUUCUCUAGAAGAAACUCGAGAAACCCCGAGGAACGCAGGACGCUGCUUGCUCAGAAAUUGACGGUGGGGAACCUAGACCUUUGACCCUGGGUUUACCAAAAAUAAUUUGGGCUAUUUUCAGGUUUCGGAAACGCUCACAGAAAGAAAUACCGAGCUGUCAUGGGCCUGGGUAAAGAGAGUCUCCUCUCCCCCCCCCCAAAACAGCAUCAACUCCAAGACCCCAAAGCAGAGCAUCCAGGCCUGGCAAAAUUGUCAUUGUAAGAUGGAAAAAUGAAGGCGAAAAUUUCAGAGAUGUCUCAUGCCUCUCCUCUCUGCAUGAGCCAAGGCCUCCACUCCUCUAUGGGUUUAAACUUCCCAUAGUUCCAUACAACCGUACAUGUGCAAGCAACCUCAACCCUCUUUCGUGCUUUAGCCCCCUUGCUAAAUUUCCCACUACCAGUAUUCUCGCCCAAUAAGAACCCUUGCUAUGUUUUUGAGGGCGAGAGCACCUGGACAGUCGAAAUUUUCUGGAUGAUGGACGAUGUGACAAUACCAAUACAUUCCCGGUAUGGCCCUUCGCCCAGGGUAUUGAAACAGACUUCGAGACGCUGUAUUACGAUUACACGCCCCUUCUCAUCAAAGUUUUCAAGUUCUUUUCAUUGGCCUUUUUCUCGUCCAAAAUUUCGCCUGGCUUCCUUUGUAGGCUUGCAUACCAAAAAAAAAGUCUUGUUCGUUGAGGACCAAAUAUUCGGGGAAAUAUUGAUUCAAUACUGUGGUUGCGGCACAGGGCACAGAGGGACUCUUGAUAUCCUUGAAAUAAUCUGGAAGAUGGAGAGUGCUUGUUGGCUUGAGAUGAAAAGGAACAACCACACAACAUCUUAACAAUUUCCAUCUGCCUGGGCAAUAAUAAAAAGAAUAAUAAUAAAAGUACGGAGUUACGGAGUGCGGAGCAGUUAGGGGAAAAAACAAAGCAACUUGCACCCCCAUCAAACACAACCACCAAACGUUGCUCUGUAUCGAAAACAGAGACCGCUUGGCCUGGACUCAAGACCAAUUCAGACACAAAAAAAAAAAAAAAAGGUGGAAAUUUUCUUUUUCCAUUCGAUGUGCCAGAAGUUAGAACCUGAAAGCCUCCUCCAGUGCAGUGCAGUGCUCAAUCUAAAUAAAUACGUAGACCCGCUCCCAAAACUGGUACCGACCGACCGAGACCUCAAGAGCAGUUGCGCGGUUAUGUAUCAUCAUAAAGACAACUGAAGUCUCCACCUCAUUUGCUGCUUUCCGAGGCACUCGAAAAGCUACAUACAACAGUUAUAUCCAUUGCACAAGGAAGGGGAGCGCCAGAAGAUAAGCAAGUAAUAAUACCUAAACGGACAAAUCAUGUUGCGAGGAAAAGCC